CAGCUAUGCUAAUCUCGUCGACGACACCCCGGAGGCCGGCCGGCCGGCCGGACCGCAGGCACACCCUGAAAUAAAGCCUCAUCACCCUCACCAAAAAGAAAAAGGCACGGGGAGGCAACAACAGCAAUCAAUCCGCCGCCGCCCGCUGGUGAAUCCAAGUGACCCCCCCAAAAGUCCCAAAGUUUGCCAAGAAAUAAAACAAAUGCAUGUGAGCGCCACCCUUUCGUCGCCUCCUUUUCCUAUGGCAUAAUGUAUGUAGUGGGCUGGUGGAUCAUAUCGAUAUCAGAAUCAGAACAUCUUUAUUACUAGUAUCUAUCAACUGGUUUUACUCGCUCCUUUUGAUAUCGGAUUCGUUCAUUCAUCUCCUCGACCGCGCGCGCUUGGCUUAUACCCCUGAUUAAGCAACCGCUUAACCACACAACACCUUCACCUCUUUUCUAUACAUGUUAUUACUAGCCAUCCUAGUUUCAGUCUUUGGCACACCACCAACCAGUCCAUCUUUAGCUCACACUCUUCCACCUCCCCUCCUCGCUGCACACAUAAGUGCGUGUGUAUAUAUAAGCACACGUUCUUGUAGCCUCAAAACUAGCUCCAUCAUAUAUUCAUUCAUUCAUUCAUCAUCAUAAUAUAAGGCGCAGGCGCGAAUCUAUCUACCUACCUACGCAAGAUGCGUAGCAUCGGCAUGCUGCGGCCGCUGCUCCUGGCGCUCGCGGUGGCCGCCGCCGCCACCACCGCCGUCGCCGUCGCCGCCGACAAGAGGAAGACGUACAUCGUCCACAUGGCCAAGUCGGCGAUGCCGGCCGAGUACGCGGACGACCACGCCGAGUGGUACGGCGCGUCGCUGCGCUCCGUGUCCACCUCCACCCCGGCCGCCAAGAUGCUGUACGCGUACGACACCGUCCUGCACGGCUUCUCCGCGCGCCUGACGCCGCAGGAGGCCAGCGACCUGGCGUCCGCGGACGGGGUGCUCGCCGUCAACCCGGAGGCGCGGUACGAGCUCCACACCACGCGGACGCCCGAGUUCCUGGGCAUCGCCGGCGGCCAGGAGGGCCUGUUCCCGCAGUCCGGCACGGCGGCCGACGUCGUGGUCGGUGUGCUCGACACGGGCGCCUGGCCCGAGAGCAAGAGCUACGACGACGCCGGGCUCCCCGAGGUGCCCUCGUGGUGGAAGGGCGCGUGCGAGUCCGGCGCCUCCGGCUUCGACGCCGCCUCCGCCUGCAACCGCAAGCUCGUCGGCGCCCGGUUCUUCAGCAAGGGCUACGAGGCCGCGAUGGGGCCCAUGGACACGGACCGGGAGUCCCGCUCCCCGCGCGACGACGACGGGCACGGCACGCACACCAGCUCCACGGCCGCGGGCGCCGCCGUGCCCGGCGCCAGCCUCUUCGGCUUCGCGGCCGGCACGGCGCGCGGCAUGGCGCCCCGGGCGCGCGUCGCGGUGUACAAGGUGUGCUGGCUCGGCGGGUGCUUCAGCUCCGACAUCCUCGCGGGCAUGGACGCCGCCGUCGCCGACGGGUGCGGCGUGCUCUCGCUGUCGCUGGGUGGGGGAGCCGCAGACUACUCCCGCGACAGCGUCGCCAUCGGCGCGUUCGCCGCCACGGAGCAGAACGUCCUCGUCUCCUGCUCGGCGGGGAACGCUGGGCCCGGGAGCUCCACGCUCUCCAACGUGGCGCCGUGGAUCACCACCGUGGGGGCCGGAACGCUCGACCGCGACUUCCCGGCGUACGUCGUGCUCGGCGACGGCAAGAACUACACGGGCGUCUCGCUCUACUCCGGGAAUAAGCCGCUCCCCAGCGCCCCGAUCCCCAUCGUGUACGCGGCCAACGCCUCCAACUCCACGGCGGGGAACCUGUGCAUGCCCGGGACGCUCACGCCGGAGAAGGUGGCCGGCAAGAUCGUGCUGUGCGACCGCGGCGUCAGCGCGCGCGUCCAGAAGGGCCUCGUCGUGCGCGACGCGGGCGGCGCCGGCAUGGUGCUGUCCAACACGGCCGCCAACGGGCAGGAGCUCGUCGCCGACGCGCACCUCCUGCCCGCCGCGGGAGUCGGCGAGAGGGAAGGCACGGCGAUCAAGUCGUACGUGGCCUCCGACCCGAACCCGACGGCGACGAUCGUGGUCGCCGGGACGCAGGUGGGCGUGCGGCCGUCGCCCGUGGUGGCGGCGUUCUCGUCGCGCGGGCCCAACAUGGUGACGCCGGAGAUCCUGAAGCCGGACAUGAUCGCGCCGGGGGUGAACAUCCUGGCGGCGUGGACGGGCAAGGCCGGUCCGACGGGCCUGGAAGCCGACACCCGCCGCGUGGGCUUCAACAUCAUCUCCGGCACGUCCAUGUCGUGCCCGCACGUGAGCGGGCUAGCGGCGCUGCUCCGGAGCGCGCACCCGGAGUGGAGCCCCGCCGCCGUGCGGUCGGCGCUGAUGACCACGGCGUACGCCAGCUACUCCGGCGGCGGAUCGUCGUCGCCCCUGCUGGACGCGGCGACGGGCGCGGCGGCCACGCCGUUCGACUACGGCGCCGGGCACGUGGACCCGGCGCGGGCGGUGGACCCGGGGCUGGUCUACGACCUGGGCACCCGCGACUACGUGGACUUCCUGUGCGCGCUCAAGUACAGCUCCACCAUGAUCGCCGCCGUGGCACGGAGCGGGCAGUACGCGUGCGCCGAGAACAAGACCUACUCCGUGGGCAGCCUAAACUACCCGUCCUUCUCGGUGGCCUACUCGACGGCGAACGGCGACGGCGGCGGGGACUCGACCACCACCGUGACGCACACGCGGACGCUCACCAGCGUGGGCGGCGCGGGCACGUACAAGGUGUCGACGGCGCUCGCCGCCGCCAAGGGCGUGGCGGUGGACGUGGAGCCGGCGGAGCUGGAGUUCACGAAGGUGGGGGAGAAGAAGAGCUACACGGUGAAGUUCACGUCCAAGUCGCAGCCGUCGGGCACCACCGGCUUCGGCCGGCUCGUCUGGUCGGACGGGAAGCACAGCGUGGCGAGCCCGAUAGCGUUCACGUGGACCUGAUGGACGGACGGAUACCAUAGGACGGUGAUUUUUGGCGCCUCAACGCUAAAAAAGGCCCAUAAUCCAUGUGAUGGCCACGUACGUACACUACACUACACUGCUUCAGUCAAAAGGGCUGCUGGAGUGUAGUAGGAUGGGAAGGUGAAAAUUUGGAGGUUUCUUCUGUGUUGUUAUUACUGCUAAUAAGGUGAUUAAUCCUACCAGUGUCUGUAGAUUGUGAUUUUUGGAUGGAAAUGGGAUUUGGGGUGAUGGUUGGAUGGAGAUUGAUGGUGCUUGGUUGAUUGGAAUGGAAUUAUUAGAGAGGAGAAAAUGUAGGUUGGAUUGGAUGAUUGGGGCUUGCAAGUUGGACUGGACUAGACUGGACUGGACUGGACCAGAGUGCGGGUGCAAGGGGCCAAGGCAGCUAGCUUCACAAUGACUGAUUGGAACCUUCUGUGGGGGACUAUCGCCUAUGAGAAUUGUUGUCCACAAAUGUUUUUCGUUCUACCUUUUUGAAAAGUCUUAAAUUAUUACAUUUUUUGUGGCUGUACCUGAAAUUGUGGAAAUGUAAUAAGGCUUAUUAUCUUCUGAUCA